UGAAAAGCUUUCUCUAAUGGCGCCAUAGCUCCACCGGACCAACUCUUCUCUCCGAUCACCGCCCUUCGACGCCUCUCCACUUCAUCCCUUCCGAUUUCCAUGGCCACAGCCUCAAUGAAAAGAUCGGUGAAGCAGCUGCACUUCGGAGGCCCUGACGAGAAGGCGGCGGCGGCGGCGGAGAUCAAGAGAAUCGCGAGAGGCGAUCUCCGCACCAGAAAAUCUCUAGCUGAGCUCGGCGUCAUUCCGACACUUGUCUCCAUGAUCCUCGAUUCACCGACGGUGAGUCCUGGCAGGAAGAUCGCCAUCGAAGCUCUUCUCGAGCUCGCCAAUGGCACAUUCACAAACAAGGCACUGAUGGUUGAAUCAGGACUUAUUGCAAAGCUGCCAAACAUCUUCAACACACUAGACUCCUCAACACAAGAACAACUUGCCAACCUCCUCUUGUCCAUCUCAUCUCUUGCAAAUACUCAACAUUCCAUUCAACCACAUGAGAUCCUUCCUUUCUUGAUAAAGAUUCUGAAUGAUCGUGACACCGAUGAUGAAAUUAAAGUAAAAUUCCUGGCAGCACUCCAGAACCUGUCAAUAAAGAUAGAGACCACCAAACUUAUUGUGUCAAGUGGCCUUGUUCAUGCCCUCUUAUCAUUCUCAGUAAACAAAAGAACAUCCAAAGAAGCUCUAGCAACUCUGUCCAACUUGGUUCUUACUUCAGUUGGUAAGAAAGCCAUUGAGAAUGACUCUAUGGUGCCAGAAAUCUUUAUGGAAAUCAUGGCAUGGGAGGGAAUGCCUCAAAGCCAAGAACUUGUGGCAUAUAUUUUGAUGGUUAUUGCACAUCAAAGUGCAAAACUAAGGAAGAAAAUGAUAGUACUGGGCAUAGUACCACUACUUCUGGAGGUAGCUCUGUUAGGUAGUCCUCUAGCUCAGAAAAGGUCACUUAAGAUGCUGCAAUGGUUCAAGGAUGAAAGACAAGCAAAACUAGGAGCACAUUCAGGGCCACAAUCAGAAGUCUUCGGCAUCUCCAACGCUUUGAGAUUGAAGGGAGAAAGCAGUGAAGAGUGUGAGAGAGAUGUAAGGAAGAUGGUGAAGCAGAGUCUUGAUCAGAAUUUGAAGUUGAUCAUCAGAAGAGGUGAUCUAUCAGAUGGGUGUUCAAUGAUCAAGUCUUUGGUAUUCAAUUCUAGCUCAAAGAGUUUGCCUUACUGCUGAUUAUUAUUAUUAUUAUUAUUCCUUUAUUUUGUGCAUGUAUGUGUUUUCUGUGGAAGUCAUUUAUGUGAGCACAAUGUACUUGUAAAUUGUAUGGAAAGUGCCAUGUGUUUUCUGUUAAUUACU